UCAAUACGAAAUAGUUCAAAAAUGAGUUCGAAUUAACCCCAAAUUGCCAAAUAAACAGCUGUCAAGUUUGUUUUUGUUAGAAUUUUUUGUAUUUCCCCCGAUUUUAUUCCCAAUAUUUUUAAUCGGUUAGGAAUUAAUAGGAAACAUUAACGCUGUAUGUAUAAAACAAGGCUGUGCUCCAUUAAUAUGACAGUAAAACUUUGGAAGAAUAUUGUAAAACGAUAAAAUGUCCAAAGAAAGUGGAAAAGAUUGGGAGAGACCCUGGACAACUGAAGAAAUUGUUGAACAUGCUGAUGAUUGGAAUUUAGCAUGUGAUGCAGCUCUCUUGAAUACUUUGAAAGCAUUUGCUGAUAAAAUAUUGAAAAAAGCAGAGGAUGUGAACGAAAAAAUAGAGAAGCUCAAUGAGAAUUUGAGUAAAAUUCAUCUACAAGUUGAUUUAUCUAGGAAUGAAUUCAGUAGUCUAAGAAACACCCAGUUCGUGGAAUGUAGAGUGUAUGAUGAUGAUGAAACACUUUUUCUGGAAAAAUCAAAAGAUGAAGAGAAAAAGAAUAACGUGCCUGAAGAAGAAACCGUUGAAGAUUUCAGGGAAGCCGUAGCUUUAGGCUUGGAAAUUUUAGAUGAAUAUUAUGAUAAAGUAAAAGUAACAGUUAGUGACAGUGAAGGGGAAGAUGAGGACGAACCAAGCUAUGUAUAUAGAAGAAAAGAUCCCUAUAUUAAUAGGCGACUUCCAUUUGUGAUCGGUUCAGAGGAGUGGCAUAAAAAGUGGCAUGUAGGAUUAGAAGAAACAGAUAGUGAGAAUGAACAGUCUUCUGAGAAACUCAGUGAGUCAGAAAGUGAAGACAAUGUUUCAGAAAAAAAAGAUCACUCAGACGUGAGUUCGGAGCUGUCCCAUUUUUCCGGUUUGAACAGUUCCAAAGUGCAACCCUUGCAAGUGCCAAGGAACACACAACAGGAUCUUCAGGCAUCUGCAAGUGGAUCAGAUGUUUCGGCAGAACCUGUGCCGAAAACUUUGAGUUUUGCAGAACAGUUGGCCGCAAAGUUGGGAAGUGUAAUAAAAGAAAAGGACGACUCCCUGAAGGAACCUGAAAUCAAUAGGCGUCCCAUCCAGAAGCAACCCAGUGAUUAUGGUGCCUUAUUUUCUAACGAACCACCUCCUUUGGACGAUGUGAAAACGCAGGAAUCUCGUGGUAUAUUUUCAGAUGGAAAAGAUUUAUUCGAUGAUGAAGAUGAGGAUGACUUGUGGAAGCCAGGGGACAAUAAAAUUGCUUCAACCAAAACAAUUUCAACCAGUGAUCUUAAACAAGCCAUAUUUAGAGAGCCAGAACAGGGCAAAGGACUCUUCGACGAUGAUAGUGACGAUGACAUAUUUGCAUCAACCAAAAACCGCUCGGCAAACCAACAGAUCAAACAACCGUACCUUCAGUCCAACAAACCGUUGGUACCGGUUUUCAACGAGGAACCACCUUUGUUCGACGAAGAACCGAAUGUCAAAGAAAAAAAGAAACCAACCGGCGGAGUCUCAUUAUUCGGAGAAUCUGAUAUCUUUCAAGGUCCGGCCAUUGGAAAAAUAUUGAAACAGAGGAGAGUGAGUUCAUCCGAGGAUGAAGACGAACCAAAGCUCAACCAAAAAGAGAAGAAGCCAUCUAUCAGUAAAGAUAUUACUGAUGAAGAUGCCCUUCGAAACAAAAAUACUUCAAAACAAACCAUAUCUUCGGUGCCUCAAAGUGCAGGACCAGAAAAGAGGAAAAGUCUUUUCGACGAUGAUAUUUUUAGCGACGAUUUAUUUACGAGCGUUGAGAAAAAAAAUUCAACAGGUUUAUUCGAAAAGAAUGUACUAUUUUCCGAUGAUGAAAACAAUGAGUCAUUUUUGCCAAGGGCAGGUUCCACAAGUGCAUCGGAAAGGGGUAUUGAAACAGAUAAACCUAAGAAUCUUCAGAGUAAUAUCGUCCAAUCUCCUGACGAUACCGAUUACAGUUUCAAGAAAAAUUCUAAAAGUAAUAUCACUACUUUGUUCGAUGAUUUAGAGGACGAUAAUGAUGACAUUUUCAUGGCCAAAGAAGAUAAAAAUAUCGGAAUAACAAAUACUAAAAAAAGUGAAAGAAAAGUUGAAGAAGACAAAAAGGUAAAAACAGCGGGUCUAUUUGAUGAUUUAGAUGAUGAAGACGAUCUGUUCUCGGGACUUUCGAAGAAAAACGAUGAUGUGAAAACCAAGAAAUCUACGAGUUUCCUGUUUGAUGACAAUGAAGACGACGAUUUCGACAUAUUCCAGUCAAAGGACAACAAGAAUGACUCGGGACGUGUGAAAAAAGAGAAUACAACUAAUGAAAGUAGAAAUACUGAAAGUAAGGUAAAGGAUCUCGCUGAUAAAAGUCCUAAACCUAAUUUGAGUCUUUUCGAUGAUGACUCGGACGACAUGGAUGACUUAUUCUCACAAAUCUCGAGGAAAGAUGCAAAAACCUCUGAGAAUACUGAAAAAACGUCAAUUAUUACUGAAUCCUCUCAAACAAGUCUGAAAGAGAAAACUGAAAUAUUGAAAGAUGACUCCCCGGCUCAAGAUGAAACAUCCGAGAAUUUGAGGAAACCUUCAACUUCAAAUGAGCCAUCUAUCUAUAGUGAUCCUAUGGAAAACUCUCCUGUUACUUCGGAAACUCAAAAUCUCGAAAACUCAAUGAAAAAUGGUGAUCCAUCGAUAAAAAAUAAAAGCGAAACGACUAAAGCCGAUGAUGACAAUAAAGGUGCAAUAAAAAAAGAGAAAUUGGAUGAAGAAAGUGGACAUACGAAAAUUCCAGAGAUAUCCAUCGUUGAGGAUACCAAAACCACCGAAAAAAAUAUGGUCGCAAAAUGUAACGAAUCUGACAAAUACAAGAGUUCAUCCGGUGUAUUGAAUGUCGAGUUCAUGGAUUCUAUACCGCCGCCUGAUGAUGACUGGGAUACUUAUUCGGACAACGCUUUCGACGACAUGGAGCAAAUCAACGAUGGGUUACAGAGUAAAGCUUCCAGUUUGUUCGAUAACGAACCGCCAUCUUUAUUUUUUGAGGAUCCCAUCAACGAGAGUUUACCUUCUAUCAAGUCCAAACCUCAAAAAGUACCAUCGGAUAUAUUCAAUAGUGGUGAUAAAGAAGAAGAACAAAAUGUUCCAAAUACAAACGCAAAUAACGAUAUAAAUGCAAAUUCUGAGGAAAAUGAAUUUUUAUCUAUUCCUUCGGCCACUCAUGAAGUCCUAAAUGAAAAAAAUCCAUCAGUUGCACCUACAUCGAGCUUAGAAAACAUAGCAACAAUUUCUAGCGACACUGAAAGGCUUGAAAGGGAAUAUUCGGAAAACCAACAUUUGGAAAAUGAUAAAAACGGAAAUAAAAUAAAAUCUAAACCACCCAUUGCCAGAAGGAAACCGUCUACCAAUAAAAAUAUCGAAAAAACUGAGUCCUUAUUUGAUGAUGACCUAGAUGUAGAUCAGAUUGAUUUCUUGUUUCCCAAAGUGAAAAGUACGAAUGAUAAAGACGACAAUUCCGAGAUAAGUGAAGAUAUUAUCAGUGGAGAUAAAAGUUGUAAAAAGAGCGUAUCUUUUGAUAGUUCAGAGGAGAAUCGAAUUGAAACUGACGAACCAGGUGUUGGAUCAGAGAGUGAAGACGAUAUGCAAAAGAACAUACUGAAGAUAACUGAAAAAUUGCAACAGAUUUCUAAUAAACAGGAAGAAAGGACAAAACCUAUUGCUGUCCCUGGCAAGCUAUCCCAUAACCUAAAUAUAAACGUCGGAGCACUUCUUCCCGGUUCAGCCCUACCAAAAAGAGAAAAGGUUCAAUCUCCCGACCAGAAUGAAAAGUUAUCCAAAUCUCUACCGGCUUCGAGGUUCAAUCUGAACGAAGAGCUUUCAGCAAAACCCCAUGUACCAACGAAGCCUAUCACCAUCGUAAGAGGUUCAAGCCAGGAGGCACCUUCGACUAAGGAACAUCGUAAUUUGGAAAAAUCCGUCAGUUUCGAUGGAGGAACGGACAUCGAAGUUUUGCAAAGUAUCACUAAGGAUAGGCCGAGAAUACCGGUCAAGAGAAGACCGUCAUCCAGAAGAGCCAGACAGAAAUCCCUGAGAGAUUCCAUGUCUGACUUCAGACUGGAUGAUCCGAUUCCCGAUGAAACAUCCGAAAGUGAUAAACGGGAGUCAGUUGAAGAACAAAAAACCCUAGACGUACAGACAUCAGUCGAUUCCUCAGAUAAAAAUGAGAAAGACAGCAAAAACGUAAUCGAAAUUUUCAGUGAUAUAGAAAAUUCGGAGGAUUUAUUCAAAAGUAUAGAAAAAGAGGUUAAAAGCGUGAACAAAGCAAAUAUAAUCAGUACAAAGAGUAAAGAACCAAAACAUGAAAAGGAAGAAACAAAGAAGUUAUCCGACAGUUUAUUCCAAGAUGAUGAAGAUGAUCUUUUUGAGAGUAUCUUAACGAAGGAAAAACAUAGAAGUGAAAUAAGCAAAGAAAAAGAAAAAGUCUCCCACGACGAAACAAAAUCGAUAUUCACAGAUAGCUCGAAGGAAAAAGACGAGGAACAUCUGGGAAAAAUCGAUAAAGAACCUGAAAAAAAACCUAAAACGAUAGAUAACCUGUUCGACUCGUCGGACGAUGACGAUAUUUUCAAAAGUACAAAAGUUUCCAUCAUUGGAAGAACCGUGGAAGGUGGCACCUCUUCCAAACCACGAACAGAAAAAUCUGUACCCGAUAAACUGUUCGAUUUUUCCGAUGAUGAAGAUUUUUUGGAAAAUUGCACGAGACGAAAGGAAGACGAUGAAACUAAAAAGACCAACGUUAAACAUCAGAACGAUCUGUUAUUUGACGAUACAGAUAAUGAUGAUAUUUUUGGUACGAAUAGCAGUACGAAAAACGAAACCAAACAAGAUGUGAAACCUUCUGUGAUCAACAAGAAACCUCCAAAGUCGACUAGUUUACGUAAGUUGGAAAAUAUCGAGGGGGUGGAAGACCCUCUGUCCGCACUGUUGAAAUGAUCCCGAAUUGUUUAUAUUAUUUGUUAUGUUUUAUCUAUCAUAAGAAUAAUGAUUAUUACUCACGAUUUAAUACAUUUAUUCCAAAUCUUUAUAUAUCCAAUUGCGAAUUAUUGAAAAUCUGUUCCUAUUUGUACCUAAAUACUGGAAUAUAAUAAAAAUAUUUUUAUCAUU